AUGGCCUGUCUGGGCCAGGCGAGGGCCAGGCGGGCGGCGUUCCCUGCAGGGCAUGCGCCCAGAAAAGCGGAAAAUUCUGACGGCCCCUGCUGGGUGAGCUCCGUCUACAGCCAGCUGCUAAGUCAUGAGGCUGUCACGCAGGAGGAGGAGGGGGAGGGGGAGGAAGAGGAGGACAAGGAGGAGGACCAAGGGGGGGAGGCGGAGGGGUCGGGAAAGGCGAGCACUUCACACCUCCUAGCUCGCAGAGGCCACGUGUCCCAAAUGGCGUCGCCGACCCCGUUCCCUCACGGAGGGGGCUGGCACUGUAGUCCGCCUAUGUGA